AUGGCCGCUCUUCUUUCUCUUUCCGCAUUGGCACUGCUUGGAGCAGGUGCUUCUGCUCAGACAUUCACAGGUACUGCCCAGGGCGGUUUCCCUGACUGUGCCAAUGGCCCUCUCUCAAACAACACUGUCUGUGACAAGUCCGCAGGUAUGCUUCAUCAAGAUCAACAUAUCUCGUUAUCGUAUUCUGACACCGUUNNAGACCCUGUUGCCAGAGCCAGAGCUCUUGUCGCUGCCUUCACCGUCGCCGAGAAAUUGAACCUUACUGGAAACAACAGCCCCGGUGUUCCUAGACUCGGCCUGCCUGUUUACCAAUGGUGGCAGGAAGCCCUUCACGGUGUUGCUUCGUCUCCUGGUGUCACAUUCAAUGCCACUGGACAAUUCGACUCUGCCACUUCCUUCCCCCAGCCUAUCUUGAUGGGUGCCGCUUUCGAUGAUGAACUCAUCCAGUCUGUGGCCGAGGUCGUCAGUACUGAGGCUAGAGCCUUCAACAACUACGGACGUGCAGGUCUUGAUUUCUGGACACCAAGUCAGUACUACCUCUAG